CGCGGCCUGGGAGCGCCGCUCCGCGCCCGGCCCCUGACGGCUGGCCCUGGAGCCCGUGACGGACGAUCCUGGAGCAGGUGGGGGAUGGCCCUGGAGCAGGUGGUGCCCGGGAACAGGUGAUGCCCGGGAGCAGGGGAAGCCCCACCUCCCCCCGCAGCCGGCCGGGCAGCCCCUCGUGGAGCAGCGCCUGGAGCCCUGCGGCCCCUCGGCCGCCCUGCCCUGCCCCGAGGCGAGCGGCAAGGCCUCUCCGGCUUUGGUCUGCGUUGUGUUAUUUAUUUUACUGUAUCUUUAGGAAAACAACAAACAAAAAAAGUCUAGUCGGAAUGGUGUUGUGUUUCUUGCAGUCCCUGUCCACGAAACCUUCGUGUUCUUCAGCUUUGGGACCCGUCUCUACAUACUAUAGCCGUGCUCACCUGAGUACCAUUAGGAGUUACAGCGGUAACACAGAAUAAGUGAGUAUUUACAUCCUUCAGAAUGCCCAACUCCAAUGCCAAACUUCAUUCUAACCACAGGAGUGGUCGAGAAGCCAGCAGACGGGAAUUGGUUUCCAGGUCUUUGCAGAGUGCUCAGCAUUGCCUGGAGAACCAGGAUUUUGGAACUGCGUAUGCUCACUAUCUCCUGGUACUAAAUCUAGCUCCUGAGUUAAAAACUACUGUCAAAGAAACAUUUCAGUUUACUCUCUUUAAAUGGGCAGAAGAACUGGAUUCUCUGGCACGGAUUCAAGAUCUGUUUAACUGCUAUGAACAAGCACUUGAACUGUAUCCCAGUGAUGAAGUGAUAUGUAACAGUAUGGGAGAACAUCUCUUCAGAAUGGGCUUCAGAGACGAAGCAGCUGGCUAUUUUCAUAAAGCAGUGAAGCUCAACCCCGACUUUGCCGAUGCCAAGGAGAAUUUUUACCGCGUUGCAAACUGGCUGGUGGAGCGCUGGCACUUCAUCAUGCUCAACGAUGCCAGGAGGAACCUCACCUACCUCAGGGCCAUUGAGAGCGCUGUGCACUCAGGGAGCAAAUCCGUCCUGGAUAUCGGAACGGGAACAGGAAUCUUGAGUAUGUUUGCAAAAAAGGCGGGAGCAUCUUUUGUCUAUGCCUGCGAAUUAUCCAAAACCAUGUAUGAACUUGCCCGUGAUGUGGUGGCAGCAAAUAAUAUGGAAAGAGAGAUCAAACUUCUGCAUUUGAAGUCACUUGAUAUAGAAAUUCCAAAGCACAUACCUGAAAGAGUUUCCUUGGUUGUCACAGAAACAGUUGAUGCUGGCUUAUUUGGAGAAGGAAUUGUGGAGAGCUUGAUACAUGCUUGGGAACAUCUGCUUUUACAGCCAAAGCCUAAAAACCAAGAUAUUAGUGCUGGAGACUAUGGCAGAGUUAUUCCUGCAAGUGCUACAAUAUUUGGAAUGGCAGUGGAGUGCAAAGAGAUACGUAGACAUCACAGAGUGGGAAUGCAAGAAGUUGCUGGUGUGUGCUUGUCAAAUUCAGUGCAGUUUGUCAGUCCCACAUAUGCUGCUGCUGGCUCAGAGGAAACUGUGGAGCCCUACACCACGGAGAAGCUCAGUCGUAUUCCUGGGGGUUACAGAGCCCUCACGCAGCCCUGUCAAGUCAUGACAGUAGAUUUCAACAAUCUGCAGGAGCUGAAAAGCCUGGCAGCUAGAAAGCCCUGGAAGCUAAGCCUGCCAGUCACUGAAGGAGGAAUACUGGAUGCUGUUGUGGUAUGGUUUGUACUGCAGCUUGAUGAUGAGCAUUCUCUAUCUACAAGUCCCAGUGAGGAAACUUGCUGGGAACAGGCUGUGUAUCCUGUGCAGGGCCUCCUUGAUUAUUCUGUGAAGACUGGAGAUACUGUGAUGAUGGAAGUUUGCUGCCAAGACUGCUACUUGAAGAUCCAGAAGAUUUCUUCCUUGCCUUCAGAGUGUGGGAUGGAUUUCAGUGACAGAGACGACACGCUGAGUUUGGGCAAUGAGGCUGAAUUAUGUAAUGCUCUGGCUGGACUUCAGACAAGCACCAAACGGGAUGGCAGCACUCCAGUGUGUGUGCUGGAAUCCACAGAAAUAGCCCUGCUGAAUGACAUAGCUUACCAUGAAUGCUUCAAAGCUGCCAUGAGCAAAGUGCUGCUGUCAUUAAAUCCAAGUAAGGACUUGCACUCCAUGGACGUUGAUGGACAUGGCAGCGGGAUAAACCUCCAAGAGAAUCAAAAUACGAGCUCUCUAGGUGUGGAUCCUGAUGCUUUAUACGUUUUAGAUGUAUCUGAAGGCUUCUCCAUCCUGCCAAUUAUAGCUGGCAAGCUUGGACCAGUUAGAGCCUACAGUUCUGUUGAGAAAGAUCAGCAUCAGGCAGCACUUCAUGUCAUUGCAGAAGCAAACCAUUUCCCUAAGGAAACAUUAGAGUUUUGGCUCAGCCACUUAGAAGAAGAAAGUGUGGUGCUACAGAGACCCAAAUCAGACAAAUUGUGGAGUAUUAUUAUCUUGGAUGUUAUAGAGACAUCAGGUUUAAUCCAGCAGGAGGUGAUGGAAAAGGCUGCAAUAUCCAGGUGUUUACUUCACAGUGGAGGGAAGAUUUUCCCACAGUAUGUGUUGGUAUAUGGGAUGCUUGUAGAAUCAGAGUCUCUGUUGCUGGAGAGUGCUGUUCAAGGAACAGAACCAACCCUGGGGUUUAAUAUAGCCCCUUUCAUCAACCAGUUCAAGGUACCCGUUCGUGUGUAUUUGGAUCUCUCCACAUUACCCUGUGUACCCUUGAGCAAGCCAGCAGAGCUUUUAAGGCUGGAUCUCAUGAACCCUCUGCUGAACAGCCCCAGCAGAGAAGUGAAGGUACAAAUUUGUAAGUCUGGCCGGGUCACUGCCAUUCCCUUCUGGUAUCACAUCCAUCUAGAUGAAGACCAUAGCUUGAACACAUCUGAUGAGUCCUCACACUGGAAACAAGCUGCAGUUGUUCUGGAUGAGCCCAUCCCAGUUCAGGUUGGAGAUGAACUUGUACUUGAUGUCCAACACCAUAAAAGCAAUAUCAGCAUUACAGUUAAAAGGUGAAGACUGUCCUGUGUGAUUUGUGCUUAAUUACCUAUGCAUAAACUGAAUGUUCAGAACAACACUGCUGUUACUUUGUAUUAAAGCCUAAACUUUAUUUACUGAUCAAAAAGGCUUAUUUGUUGCUGUAAUAAAAGAUACUUAGGUUCCA